GUUCGAAGUUACAAAAAUACAUAACCAAUUGGCGGAACAUUUGAUCGUAGCGAAAUCAAUCAUGUCAAUAGAUGGUUCUAACUACUUUGAUAUAAAUGAUAUCUUAUCAACUCAACAGAGACUACCAUGCAAAGUAGAGAUGCCAAUCUACCGACUAGGUUACCUUGACAGCAGUUCAGAAUCUGAACAUCUCCAGCCAGGAACCAAGUUGGAAUUGCCAUUUUGGAUGGCGCGAGCACUCUGUAGUCGAAAACGACACAUUGUCAGUGUAGACCUUCCCAAACAGUACAAGGAAGGCUAUCGAGAGAUCUUCUCAGCAGACCCAACCAUGGUUGAUCUACACAAACUAGGCCCCUACUUUUAUAACUAUGGAAGUCAGCUUCUUCAAUUCGAGCUUCCAGAAACACCUGAUGUUGCAAAAUCACUAUUACAGACUUUUCAAGGACGAUUAAGAAAAAUUAUGGACAGUUCACAAAAUUGUUUCAAUGAAGACACAUCAAAGCUUGUGGAGAAACUGGAUGAAUCAGAGAGAAUUUUGUUCAAGGAAGGACAACAAGCUCUUAAUGAUUUUCAGUGUUGGGAAACAAGAAAAACUGAAAAACUUAAAACAUCAGAAAUGGUGAAAAACCAUAGGAAAAGAAAAAGGGUAGUAUUGGAAGAGACUUAGUGGUCUGCAGUUUUGUUGAAUCAGAAAUUGAAACAAUGCACUGUAAAUUUAUUAUUUAUAUAAUGUUAUAUUAUUGUCUUUCUUAAGAUGUGGAAAUAAAGUGCUAUUGUUUGGAA